ACAGGUACUGAAGCACAGCUAAGGUCAUACAACAUACAAACAGAAGAUGGCGCUGUUCUAUGGAGAAAUCGCUGUGAUCUUCUAAUCUAAGGGGACCAGCAACAGACAGUCGUGACACUGUUGAAGAGGCUGAAAGCACAGUUCUGGCAGGAGCGCAGCAUGAUGAACAAAUGAUCAGAAGAUCGACAUGGCAAAGGUGGAACUCCACAGAGGUGACUGGAAUGAAGAGGAGGCUUUGGUGUCUGUCUCUAUUCUACCGCCUGACUCUAGGGAAGAGACGUACCCCUGCACCAGGAUGUACUCUGUCCACCGGCCCAUCAAGAGAUGCAUCCACUCCCUCUGCCUUUACAGCCUCCCUCGUGUCUAUGUGAUCAACAAGGAAAUAUGUGUUAGAACUGUCUGCCAACAGGAUGAGUACCUGAAGGCUGAGCUCUGCAGGGAGCGGUCCGGCUGGCCCAAACGCUUCCAGAGGUCAACCACCAAUAAGAAACGCUGUCACAAUUGCCGCGGCAAUCCCAAAACCUGGGAAAACAAGGCCUGAUGGGCCCAAGAUGGAGGAGUUAGAAGGAGGGGUGGAGGAGGAAGGAGAGAAGGAGUAGGAGGGAGGACACCCUUGGAGACAGAACACUAGGUUGUCUCCAUAAAAAGACCCCAAACCACCAUAAAUUCACCGCUCAACACCUGGUGCUAGCCUGUGCCUUAAUACACAACCACAACCACGCACGCACACAUACACA